AUGUCGCAGACGCAACAAUUUUCCGUAAGUGGCAGACUUUCAAUGAGCGCUUCGCCACCGGUUUUCGAACAAAUUUUCCGAAAUGCAAGGUUCGCUCAAGGAGGCAACGCACUUUUCGAAGGGAAAAUACGCGGAAAUCCCAAGCCGACUGUCACGUGGACGAGAAAGGGAGCUCCUCUCCUUGAAAGUAAUAAAUUUAAAAUGACGUACGAGGAACAAACAGGGAAUGUUACUCUGCUCAUUAAUAAAAUCGGACCUGGAGAUGAAGGAGAAUACACGUGCACGGCUAGAAAUCAAUAUGGAGAAGCCAUUUGCUCCGUGUACAUUCAACCGGAAGGUACAAUGAUGCCUCAGCAAACGUAUCAACCGCAAGGCUUCCAAAGAGAAGUUUCACAAACUUUCGAUACGGCCGAACAUAAAACGUCUACGACAUAUCAAAAAUUUCAACAACAGCAAAAAACAGAAAAAUAUGGUUAUAGUAAUGGAGUUUAUACUAACGGACACUCUGCUAUUGAAGAUUUCAAAGUUGAUACAUUUGAAUAUAGAAUUCUUCGAGAAGUUGUGUUCCGUAAUUCGUUGACAAGAAGAUAUCAAGGUGAAAGUGAUGCUCAAAUUUCACAAACUGUUGAUAUGUCUCUCGGACCUGCCGCAUCACCGCAAUUUUCACAAAAACCACGUAAUUCUAAGUUGGGUGAAGGAACCGAUGCUACCUUCCAGGCAAAGGUUUCUGCUAAUCCCCGACCUAGGUUAACUUGGUUUAAAAAUGGUCAAAGAAUUAUGUCAUCUGAUAAAUAUAACAUAAACUUUGCUAAUCAAACAGCUACUCUUAACGUUAAAAAUGUCACCGCUGAUGAUUGUGGUCAUUACACUCUUUUGGCUGAAAAUCCUCAAGGUUGCGUUGUAUCUUCAGCUUACCUUGCAGUUGAACCGAGUGCCGAUAAUUACAUUGAAAGUCAAGUUUUAAAACAAACUCAAAUGGAAUCUGCAGCAUCUUACGAAUCGGACAGUAGCAAAUCACUUGCUCCCAACUUUAUACGCACCUGCUCUGAUAGAGAUGCACAAGAAGGAAAAAUGACACGUUUCGAUUGUAGAGUCACCGGUCGACCGUAUCCAGAUGUGACUUGGUUUAUUAACGGUAGACCCGUGUCAGAUGAUUCUACUCAUAAAAUAUUAGUUAACGAAUCUGGAAAUCAUGCUCUUAUGAUUACCAAUGUUAAUAGAAACGAUCACGGUGUCAUAACUUGCGUUGCCAAAAACAAAGCCGGAGAAACUUCCUUCCAGUGCAAUUUAAAUGUCAUUGAAAAAGAAUUAGUCGUAGCUCCUAAAUUUGUUGAACGUUUCACAACAGUCAAUGUUAAAGAAGGAGAACCUGUUGUUUUGAAUGCUAGAGCUGUUGGAACUCCUGUUCCACGAAUCACUUGGCAGAAGGAUGGCGUGCAAAUUUUACCCGGCCCAAAUGUUUGCAUAAUGACUGAGGGUGGAGCUUCGACGUUAGAAAUUGCAAAUGCAAAGGCGUCGGAUGCUGCAUGGUAUCAAUGCACAGCUCAAAACGUCGCUGGCUCCACAGCAACUCGCGCGAGACUUUUUGUAGAGACUCCCAAGUUCGUGCAAGAGGCAGAACCUAAACGUCUUAAUUUACCAAAACCUACAAGAGUUAUUGAACCCGAACUUGAAGCUGGUCCUGAAGUGAUUUAUCUAAGACACGUUGAACGCUCGAAACGUCAUCGCAGACACCAAGAUGAAGAAAAAGUGUAUCCUCCACCACAAUUUAUUAUUCCUUUGAAAGAUGCUAACUCUCACGAAGGAGGCAAAGUUCACUUUGAAGGUAGAAUUGAACCUGUCGGAGAUCCGACCAUGAGAGUUGAAUGGUACAUAAAUGGACGUCCUCUAACAGCAAGUUCUAGAGCUAGAACGACUUUCCAAUUUGGAUACAUAGCUUUAGACUUACUAAGCCUUAUAUUUGAAGAUACCGGAGAAUAUUUAUGCCGUGUAGUAAGCUCUACUGGAGUCGCAGAAUCCAGAGGAAUUUUGAGAGUAACCGAGAGGCCGGCAAUCGAAUUAUCCUCUCAACAUCCUGACAGUCUUCAACAAAUUCAACAACUCGAAGAUUAUUCAAAAUAUCAAAGAACGCAAAGCAUGGAAGAGAUAAUCGGGCAAAAACCAGUUUUUAUUAGACCUUUGAAAAAUCUUGGAGAAUUGCAAGAAGGUCGCAAUGCUCAUUUUGAAGCUCAAAUAACACCAGUUAGCGAUCCCACGAUGAAAGUUGAGUGGUACAAAGAUGGAAGACCCAUUACAGCAAGUUCCCGUAUCUCUACCAUUUUCAACUUCGGAUACGUUUCUUUGAAUAUAAUGCAAUUGCGCCCCGAAGAUGCCGGGCAAUACGUUGUUAAAGCCGUUAACCGACUUGGAGAAGCUGUCAGCACUUCUGAUCUUCGUGUUUUUGUUCGUCAAAGUGUUACUGGAGAUUCUGGUAUUCCAGAACAACAACGGUACAUUGAUAAAACCAUGGAGUUAGAAGCAUAUCAACUUCAACAACAAUAUAAGCCGGUUCCUGCUGGACCACCGGAAAGCACAGAACCUCCCGUAUUCAAAUCUCCUAUCAAAGAUCAAAUAAAUAUUAAAGAAGGCGCAUUCGCCCAUUUUGAAGCUAGAUUAGAACCAUUGAAUGACUCAACUUUGAAAGUUGUUUGGUUGAAAGAUGGCAAACCUGUCGAAGCCAGUUCACGAAUCACAUCUUUCUUUAACUUCGGAUAUGUCGCUUUAACUAUUAAAUACGUCACAAGCAGAGAUGUCGGCGUAUACACUUGUAAAGCUUAUAAUCAAUUGGGUGAAGCUCAAACGACCGCUCAAUUAACCGUACUUGGAAAACAAGAUAUUAUAUUUGAUAGUCAACAUCCGGGAGGAUUGCAAAAAAUUCAAAACUUGGAAGACAGUAGUCGCUAUGAAAGAAUGGUUAAAGAAGAGCAAUCCGUAACUCAAAAACCCAGAUUUUUAGGACCAUUAAAGGGUACCAACAAAAUAGUUGAAGGUCAAAGAGCUCAUUUUGAAGCCAGAGUCGAACCCCAAAAUGACUUAACUAUGAAUGUCGAAUGGUAUCACAAUGGUAAACCAUUACAAACCGCUAAUAGAACUCAAACUUAUCACGAUUUCGGCUAUGUAGCCUUAGAUAUUACAAGUGUUAGGUCGGAAGAUGCAGGGUCGUACACCGUAGUUGCCAAAAAUAAAUUAGGAGAUGCCCAAGCUUCUACUACCAUGGAAGUUGAAACCCGAUCAAGUAUCGAUACAACAAGUAUGCAUCACGGUUUGUACGAAAAAACAAAACGCUUGGAAGAUUCUAAAUUUGUUGAACCUCAUUAUGACAUUGAAGAAAUUUCAAAAUCAAAACCGAUUUUCACUCAACCAUUAUCCGAUCCCAAACCUGUUUUCGAAGGAAAGAAUAUUCACUUGGAAUGUAGACUAGAACCCAUGGGUGAUCCUACAAUGAGAGUUGAAUGGUACUGCAAUGGUCGCCCCGUCACAGUUGGAUCACGUUUCCGUACCUAUUAUGAUUUUGGUUAUGUCGCUCUUGACAUAAUUCAAGCUCAAGCUUUCGAUUCGGGAGAAUACACGGUACGCGCAACAAAUCAUUUAGGUUCAGCUCAUACAUCAGCUUGCGUCCGAGUGAUUGGACGAUCGGAUGUUGUCACCGAAAGUCAAAAUGAAGCCGCUCUAGAACAAAUUCAAAUGCUUGAAGAUUCUUCGCGUCAUAGGCGUCACGUGCAAGAAGAUAUAACAAUUGUUCAACCUCCUCAAUUCACCCGACCUUUGCAUAACUUGGAAACAAUUGAAGGAACUAAUAUACAUUUAGAAUGCCGAUUGCAACCGGUUGGGGAUCCAAACAUGAGAAUUGAUUGGUUUGUAAACGGCAGACCUGUAAAAACUGGACACAGAUUUAAACCUGCAUAUGAUUUCGAUUACGUCGCUCUCGAUCUUUUGAGCGUCUACCCUGAAGAUUCUGGUGUUUACACUUGCCAAGCUAGAAAUCAAUUAGGCGAGGCCGUUUCUUCUUGUUCUGUCAAAAUAAUUGCCAAGAAAGAUUUGAUUUUAGAAUCUCAACAUCCAUCCGGACUUGAAAAAAUUCAAUAUCUUGAAGAUGCUUCUCGAUACAAAAGAUCAGAAGUAACCGAUGAAGUUGUUAAAAUGAAACCCAAAUUUACAACUAAGCCAAAAAGCUUGGAAAAUAUGCGUGAGGGAAGACACGCUCAUUUUGAAUGCAAAUUAGAACCUGUUACUGAUUCUAAUUUGAAAGUAGAAUGGUAUAAAAAUGGUCGUCCUAUUACUGUAGGUCAUCGAUUCCGGCCUAUACACGACUUCGGUUACGUUGCCCUAGACAUAAUCGACUUGAUUACUGAAGACUCUGGAAUUUACACUUGCCGGGCUACGAAUAUGUUGGGAAUGGACGAAACAACAUGUUCUUUGCAAUGCCUUGGUAGUUCCGCCAUUCUUACAAGUUCUCAGAACGAAAUAGGCUACGAAAAAAUUCAACAUUUGGAAGAUAAAUCUAGAUACCAAAGAGCAGAGUUCGUCGAAGAAGUUACUAAACAAUCUCCAACCUUUACGACAUCUCUGAAAAAUAUUGACAUUAAAGAAGGGCAAAGAGCUCAUUUCGAAUGUCGUCUGAUACCAGUUUCUGAUCCCACCAUGAAAGUUGAAUGGUUUCACAAUAAUGUUCCUUUAAAAUCGGGAUCAAGAUUUACUGAAACAAAUAGCUUUGGGUUCGUAGCACUUGACAUACUGCAUUCUCAACCGGAAGAUUCUGGUACUUAUACUUGCCGAGCCAUAAAUGCUCUAGGAGAAGCUCUUACUUCCGCUCAAUUAAAUACAAGUUCAAGAAAAUCAAUUUACUUAGAAAGUCAACACGAAGGAGCUUUAGACAAAUUAAGUUAUCUCGAAGACGAAUCCAGGCACAGAAGACAUACUCAACAGGAAGAAGUUGUUUCUCAGCCUCCCGUUUUUACAAUGCCAGUUAAAGAUUUGAAAGUUGCCGAAAAUCAAGCGGCACAUUUUGAAGCCAGAUUAAUACCCGUCGGUGAUUCAAGAUUAAAAGUCGAAUGGUUAAGAAAUGGUGUACCCAUUGCUGCGUCCAACAGAAUUGCCACCAUGCACGAUUUUGGAUAUGCAGCCUUGAAUAUGAAGUACGUUUAUCCCGAAGAUUCAGGAACUUACACUUGCCGUGCAGUUAACGAUUUAGGAGAAGCUGUAACCUCCGCUACACUUGUUUGUCAAUCCAAAGCAUCUUUGCUCUUAGAAAGUCAACACGAGGAAGCUUUAGAAAAACUGCGAGCCUUAGAAGCUGGUCGUCCUCAGCAAAGAGAAACUGAAGAAAUUAUUGUUACUGAAGCUCCACGCUUUGUUGCUCAACUGAACGGACCUAAUAAUUUGUAUGAAGGCCAAAGCGCUCACUAUGAAUGUAGAAUAGAGCCGUAUCCAGAUUCCAACAUGAAGGUUGAAUGGUUUUGUAAUGGCAAACCAUUACAAACGGGUCACAGAUAUAGAACUACCUAUGAUUUUGGUUUUGCAUCUCUUGACGUAUUAGGUGUUUAUCCUGAAGACUCAGGUGAAUACACUUGCAAGGCCACAAAUAAAUUGGGAACAGCCCAAUCAUCAACAACUUUGAAAGUAACAGGUCGUUCAUCAAUUAUCUCAGAAACUCAACACGAAGGAGCAAUGCAAAAAAUCCAAUAUUUGGAGGAUGAUUCACGCUACAAGAAAACCGACAGAGAAGACGUUGUAACAAUAGAAAAACCACAAUUCGGAAGAGGUCUUAACAAUAUUGAUCGCCUUCCUGAAGGUAAAAGCGCUCAUUUGGAAGCCACUCUUACUCCGAUUAAUGAUUCAACUAUGAAAGUUGAAUGGUUUCAUAAUGGUAAACCGAUCAAACAAGGCCACAGAUUUAAAACUACAUACGACUUUGGUUAUGUUUCUCUUGACAUUCUCUACGCAUAUCCUGAAGAUUCUGGCACAUACAUGUGCAAAGCCAGGAAUGCAGUAGGAGAAGCCGUAACAACUUCCUCUGUCACUGUAGAUUCUAAAGCUGGUCUGGAUCUAAACACAAUGGAUGCUGAAAGAUUGAGGAAAUUAAAAGAACUCGAAAGUUAUCAAAGACCAACCAAAGCCGAACUGGAACCGGAAAGAAGAAAACCUGUAUUUACAACUGCUUUGAAUAAUCUAGAAAAUGUUAAAGAAGGAGAACACGCUCAUUUGGAAUGCAGGGUUGAACCCAUAGAUGAUGCUAAUUUAAAAAUUGAAUGGUUUGUUAAUGGUGUACCAAUAAAAACCGGUCACCGCUUCAGAACCACUCAUGAUUUCGGAUACGUAGCCCUUGAUAUUUUGUACACUUACGCCGAAGAUUCUGGUAACUACAUGUGCAAGGCUACCAAUGAUUUAGGAGAAGCUGUGAACACAUGUUCCGUGAAAUGUAGUUCUCGUAAGAGUAUUUACUUAGAAUCUCAACAUCCGGACGGUCUUCAAAAAAUAAAAGAACUGGAAUCUCAAAGUUAUUACACUAAACCGGAAGUUGAAGAACUUCCUAUAACUCCACCAAGAUUUGUCAGCGAUCUUCGAGGCACCACUGAAGUUAUGGAAGGAGGCACUGCACACUUUGAAUGUCAAGUCGAACCUCUUCACGAUGCAAACUUAAGAGUUGAAUUUUAUCAUAACGGAAAACCUCUUCCGUCAGCGUCCAGAUUUCACAUUACUUUUGACUUUGGUUAUGUAGCCUUAGACAUUACUCACUGCGUACCAGAAGACGCUGGAGAAUACACGGCUAAAGCUAUUAAUUCAUUAGGAGAAUGUACAUCAAGCAUUAACCUUAAAGUGGUUCCCAAGAGCAGCAUCAUUUCAGAGUCUCAAAGACCUGAAGGUCUUGAAAAAAUUCGUAAACUUGAAGAACAAACUCCGUUUCAACGACCAGAAGAACCAGAACCAAUCACAAAACAAAGACCAGUUUUUACUCAGCCUCUUCAAAAUAUUGAUUCUAUAAAUGAAUCUGGUACAGCUCAUUUUGAGUGCAGACUUAUCCCAGUAGGUGACCCAACUCUAAAAGUUGAAUGGUACAGAAAUGAAAAGUUACUUGAAAACAGUUCUAGAAUCACCAAAACACAUGACUUUGGUUAUGUGUCACUCGAUAUGACUCAUGUCCGCCCUGAAGACGAAGGUGUUUACAUGUGCCGAGCCUCAAAUCCUUUGGGAGAGGCUGUAACUACUGCUUCUAUGGUUGUCAAAAGCAAAGCUAGCAUACAACUUGACACGCAACACCCAGAAGGAAUGAAGAGAAUUCAAAAAUUGGAACAGAAGGCUCCUCAACGUGCAGAAGAGCCCGAAAAAGCUUUCGAUAAACCUAUAUUUACUCAGUUAUUGACCGGUCCCUCAGAAUUAUGGGAGGGUCAGCACGCACAUUUUGAAUGUAGGGUUGUACCGGUCGGAGAUCCCACACUUAGGCUUGAGUGGUUUGUAAACGGCGUUGAGCUAAAAAUGGGUUCCAGAUUCCGGGUUAAUCACGAUUUUGGAUUUGUUACUCUGGAUAUAAACUCCACUGUGACCGAAGAUUCCGGAGUUUACAUGUGCAAGGCAAUCAACAGCGUUGGUGAAGCUGUGACUUCUACUUCUCUUAAAGUUAAACCAAAAUCGGCUAUUGUUGGUGACGCACUUCAUCCCGAUGCAUGGCAAAAAAUACAAUUGAAAGAAGCCGAAAUGAACAAAGUUCCUGCUAAAUUUGUUGAUACGGCUCCACAACAAGCUCCUGUUUUCACUAAACAUCUUCAAAGUUUCGAGAAAUUGGUUGAAGACCAACAAGUCUUUUUAGAAGCUCAAGUUGAACCUCGAACAGAUCCCAACUUGAGAAUUGAAUGGUUUAAGAAUGGAGAACCGCUUGCAACCGGUUCAAGGAUAAAAGGAACAUUUGAUUUUGGACUUGUAACUUUAACAGUAAAUAAUUUAAGAGCAGAUGAUUCUGCUAUCUACACUUGCAAAGCCACCAAUUUAUUAGGUGAAGCCGUUUCAACAUGUACUUUGAAAAUAGAAGAUAAAGAUUGGUUGAUGGCACACACACUUCAUCCGGAUGCUUUGCCAAGAUUAGCAGCUUUAGAACAAGUGCCCACCAAAAAAUCAGAGGCUCCAGAACCUGUGUUUGAAAGUCCUGCUUUCAUUACUCAUUUGAACAAUAUUGAAUGCCUUGAGGGUGACAAUGUUAGAUUUGAAUGCCAAGUCGAACCUUCAAAAGAUCCAACUCUUAAAAUCGAUUGGUUCGUCAAUGGUAAAACACUUCCAAUGGGUUCCAAAUACAAAUCUUCUUACGAUUUUGGACAAGUGGCUUUAGAUAUAUCUCAUUGUUACGGAGAAGAUUCCGGAAUGUACACAUGUAGAGCAACAAAUAGCAAGGGUCAAGCCACUACUUCAGGAACUCUUAAAUGCGUCGGUAAACAAAGUAUUUACCGAGAUACUCAACAUCCUAUGGGUAAGGCCGGUUUGGAACAAGUACAAAAGAUCGAUGAUAUAACUGCUGGUAAAUAUCAAAGGCAAGAAUCGGCACCCGAAGCAGAAUUUCAAAAACCAAUUUUCGUUGUGCCUUUACCACAAGAAAACAAAGUCGGUGAAGGUGAACCAUUACGUUUGGAAUGUCAAGUGGAGCCUAAGGAUGAUCCUAAUUUAAAAAUCGAGUGGUAUUUGAACAGCAAAGCUCUCGAUCACGGUUCUAGAUUUAAAAUGACAAACGACUUUGGAUACGUUGCUUUAGACUUGAUGGAUGUUUACGAAAGAGAUCAAGGUAUAUACACGUGCAAGGCUUGGAAUAAAGCCGGAGAAGCAUACACUUCGACAACGCUUUACUGCGUCGGAAAAGAUGGUUUAAUUGAAUCCACGCAACAUCCUAAAGGAAAGGAAGGUUUAGAAAAAAUUCAGGAUUUAGAAGAGUCUAUGAAAAGACCAGAUUCUAAACCAGUUGCACCCGAAGACGGGCAAGCUCCUCAAUUUACAUCUCAGUUCCAACAACUAUCGAAUCUUAGUGAAGGUGAUAUUGCUCACUUUGAAGCAUCUCUAACCCCUGUGGGUGACCAAACAAUGGUGGUCGAAUGGUUCUACAAUGGAAAAUUGUUGGAAGCAAGCCACCGUACAAGAACUGUUUACGCCUUUGGAAUGGUCAUGCUUGAAAUUCUCGGAACAAAAAUUGAAGAUUCUGGCGUUUACACGUGUCGUGCAACCAACAAAUGGGGACAGGAUGAAAUAAGCGUUAAUUUAGAAUGUGUUGAUAAAUCUAAAGGCCAAAAACCACGCUUCACAACACACAUUCAAAACAUAGACAACCUCAAAGAAGGGCAAGCAGCUCAUUUCGAAUGCACGCUUGUACCCGUCGGAGAUCCAAAUAUGAAAGUAGAAUGGUUCCACAACGGAGAGCCAUUAAGACACUCUUCGAGAAUUAAGCAUGUGUCUGAUUUUGGUUACGUUGUAAUGGACAUUUCUUACGCCCAAUCACACGACACGGGAGAAUACAUUUGUAAAGCUUCUAAUAAAUUUGGAGAAGACUACACGAAAGCAACAAUUAAAUGUACCGGAAAAAGUGGAGUUUUCUUUGAUACAUUACAACCUGAUUCAUUGGCUAAAAUUAGAGAGCUUGAAGCUUAUACCGCAGCCUCUGGAACUCAAACUCCACAAGCACCUAUAACAGAACCUCCUAAAUUCAUCACUCAAAUUUCUGACAUUACACAAUUGAAAGAAGGUCAAAGUGCUCACUUUGAAGCACGAUUGGUUCCGGUUAACGAUCCUAACAUGGUGGUCGAAUGGUAUUGCAACGGUAAGAAAUUGCCACACGGUCAUCGUUAUAGAACUUUCCACGAUUUCGGAAUCGUCAUUUUGGACAUUUUGUACUGUUACGAAGAAAAUUCAGGAGUAUACGAAUGUAGAGCCACUAAUAAAUGCGGUUCCGACAUGACCAAAGCCAGCCUUAAGUGCUUCUCAAAAACCAAUCUUAUUUUGGAUUCCCAAUUACCCAGGGGAAUGGAAGGAGGUUUAGAGAAAAUUCAGAAUCUAGAAGAUUCUCAUGCGAAAAGUCGCGAUGAAAAAACGGUUGAAACAAAAGGAAUGGCUCCCGUUUUUACCGUUCCUCUGUCUAAUAUCAAUGAUUUAAAAGAGGGUGAAAGUGCUCACUUUGAAGGGAGACUUAUUCCUACAGAUGAUCCUAAACUUAAGGUUGAGUGGUUUUGGAAUGGUAAACCACUUAAGACGGGCUCUAGAUUCAGAACUUUCUGCGACUUUGGAUUUGUUAUACUCGAAAUAGCUCCAGUUUAUCCCGAAGAUGCUGGCGAAUAUUCUUGCCGAGCUACAAAUGAUUACGGAGAAGCCGUUACGAUUGCUCAAAUGAACGUACAAGGAAAGAGAAGCAUAAUUUUAGAAUCGCAAUUGCCCAAAGGAAUGGAGAGAACAAUCGACAAAAUAGCAGAACUUGAAGGAUUAGGUCAAAUGCAAGGACCUUCAACACCAGAUGAAAGUUUGGGAAAACCUCCAGAGUUUAUAACCACUCCCGAAGAUUUGACGUUGGGUGAAAAUAGUUCUGCUCAUUUCGAAUGUCGUCUUACACCUGUUAAUGAUCCGAGCAUGAGAGUUGAAUGGUUCCACAACGGCAAAGCUCUCAGUGCUGGAUCUCGAAUUCGUACGAUUAAUGAUUUCGGUUUUGUAAUACUCGAAAUUGAUGGAGUUUACUUCAGGGAUUCUGGUUUGUACACGUGCAAAGCAACGAACAAACACGGAGAAGCUACCGUUUCUUGCCAAUUACAAGUGAGAGGACGUACUGGCAUUGAUUUAGAACCACAAUUACCAUCUCAAUUUAAAACAGGAACUGAAAGUUUACAAAAAUUGGAAGAAUCUUUGAACAAAAAGGAAGAAAUUUUGCCCAGCGAAGAAACUCCAAAUCCACCAAAAUUUAUUGUCGAAUUAAAAGAUUGCUUAAAUGCCCAGGAAGCUAAAUCUGUUCAUUUCGAAUGUAGAGUCGAACCGACUAAUGAUCCAACAAUGAGAAUCGAUUGGUUCCACAAUGGAAAACCUUUCGCCACCGGUUCUAGAGUUCAUAUGUUAAACGACUUUGGUUUUAUCGUUCUCGACAUGGAUUACGUCUAUGCCAGAGACAAUGGUGAAUACGUUUGCAGAGCUACUAAUAAAUGGGGAUCUGCUACAACCAAAGCUACUCUUAUGUGCAAGGAUCAACACAACAUCAUCUUGGAUUCUCAAUUACCCCAAGGUAUGACCGGAGAAAAAUUAAAAGAUCUUGAGAAGGGUCAAGGCACCACUCCACUUCCAGAAGAUGCUCCCGGUCAACCUCCUAAAUUUAUAACACAAAUAGAAUCGGUCAGUACUACUGAGGGAGAACCCGUACACUUUGAAUGCAGAGUGGAACCUAAAAACGAUCCUCACCUUAAUGUCGAAUGGUAUCACAAUGGAAAAUUACUUAAAGCCGGACAUCGAUUUAGAACUCUUUUUGAUUUGGGAUACGUAUCUUUGACUUUAAUAAAUGUGUAUCCGGAAGAUGCUGGAGAAUACGUUUGCAGAGCUUAUAACAAACUCGGAGAAGAUUUUACCAAAGCAUCACUUGCAUGCAAAAAAACAUCUUCAAUUAUUCUUCAAAAUCAAGUUCCCAAAGGCAUGAAGAAAAGUGAAGCUCUCAUGCAAAUGGAAGCCAGUAUAAAGAAAUAUACUUCUGAAAUAUUUUUGACCGAAGAUGAUUUGUACGAACCUGAAAAGAGACAACCUCCGAGAUUUGUUACACAAAUCAAAGAAAAUCUAGAACUCGUUGAAAGAGACGUGUUCAAAUUUGAAUGUCAGUUGGCACCUGUUGGUGAUCCUAAUAUGAAGGUCGAAUGGUUUUUCAAUGGAAAACCUUUACUUCACAAAAAUCGUUUGCAUCCGAUUUACGAUUUCGGUUACGUCGCUCUCAAUUUCGAAUGGGUUUAUCCAGAAGAUAGCGGAGAAUACUUAUGCCGAGCAACUAAUUUGUACGGUCAAGAUGAAACAAGAGCUGUUAUUAAAAUUGCCGGAAAGCCAAGCAUUAUUUACGAUUCUCAAUUGCCUAAAGGAAUGAAGAGUAUUGAAAAAAUUCGAGAAAUGGAAGCCGGUUGGCAACAAUACCGCGAAACGAAAGAAGAAGAAGUUAAAGAAAAAGAACCGCCGCAAUUCGUCACUAAACCAGAGCCUUUCGUUGUCGUCGAAGGAGACACUGCCAGAUUUUGUUGUAGAGUUACUGGUUACCCAAGACCUCGCGUUAUGUGGCUCAUCAAUGGCAAAACAAUAGUCAAUGGUACGAGAACCAAAAUUACUUACGAUGGUAUGUGGCAUUUGGACAUACCUAAAACUCGUCAAUACGAUAACGGAAAAAUCGAAGUGAUAGCAAAGAAUUCUUGCGGAGAAGCCGUAUGUGACACCACUUUAACCGUUAAACCAAGAGGAGAUGAUUAUCGAAACGUAUUGAAAAACUCUCCGCGUCCUUGGUAUGACAUUGAGCUUACGGGAUAUCAAAAAGAACGCCAAGAAACUGAACUUGAAAAAAUGUUUGAAGAAAGAAAUCAAACCGAAAGAAAUUUUGAACCGGAACAUUUAAGAAAGAAAGAAAUAAAAGAACCGGAAACAGAAUGGCAGAAGAAUGUUAAAAGCAAAAAAAGUGACGAUUAUUAUGGAAAACUUCGUGAGCUUGAAGAAGAACAAAUUAUAAAAGAAUCAAAAAUUAGAGAAACUUCUCAUCAAUUCGCCAUACCCGGAGAAAAAGUUUCUAGAAAAUCUUUAGCCAAAGGAAUGGCUAAAAGCUACGAAGAAAGUCUAGAAAAAGAAGAACCGGUUUUGGAAUGGCAACAAAAAGCCAAAGAAAGAAGUAGGCGAUUAAAAACCGAAUACGAUGAAACUGAAACUGAAACGGUGGAAGGCACUGAUAAACGUCGGGGAGUGAGAGGAGUGCCCGAGCCAUCAGAAUCUACCGUUCAUGGAAAAGAAGUUCACGUUUCCAAACAGAGGCAAAAACAAAAAGAAAUUCAAGGAGAUUUAGAAAUAACGAGAAAUAUUUCAGCUACUGAAACUACUGAAGUGGAACACAAAGCAACCACUCAUGAAAGAGUAGUCGACGGACCUGUUAAACCUGCCAAAGCUCCUUUCUUUACUAAAAAAAUUCAACCUUGCCGAGCUUUUGAACAAGAACAAGCACGAUUCGAAGUUGAAUAUGAUGGUGAUCCGAUGCCUAAAGUUAAAUGGUUUAGAGAAAACCAACUUAUCAAUAACUCACCCGAUUUCCAAAUUCAUACGUUUGGAACGAAAUCGGUGCUUAUACUGCGACAAGUAUUCUUGGAAGAUUCUGGAGUUUUUUCAGUUAUUGCUGAAAACAGGGGUGGAACUGCAAAAUGCAGUGCUAAUCUUGUCGUCGAAGAAAAAAGAAAAACCGGAAGAGGAGGAACUAUUCCACCCAAUUUCUUAACGACCAUACAAAGCUGCGUAGUUCCUGCUGGUCAAUUAGCCAGAUUUGACGCCAAAAUAUCCGGUACGAAACCAUUAGACGUGUACUGGUUAAAAGAUGGUCAAAAAGUAUUGCCAGACAUACGAUUUAAAGUUCUCGAAGAAGACAAUACGUACACCUUAUUGAUUAUUGAAGCAGCACCAGAAGAUUCGGGAACUUACGAAUGCGUCGCCAUCAACAGUUCCGGAGAAGCUCGAUGCGAAGCUGAAUGCGUUGUCCAAGCUCCUGCCUCGCGAAAAACACCAUUAAAAACACCACCAUCACCGGGUGUCGAAAGAAAACCAACUCUAAUGGAACAAUUGAAAUCUCAAAUAGUAAAAGAAGGACAAUCCGUUUCCUUCCGUUGUAAAAUAUCCGGCAGGCCAAGUCCGGAAAUCCAAUGGUUCAAAGGUGAAAAUUUAAUCAAACCAUCAAAAUACUUUCAAAUGCAAAAGGAAGGGGAUUGGUGCACUUUAAGAAUAACUGAAGCUUUCCCAGAAGAUGAAGGACCAUACAAAUGCGUGGCUACUAAUCCGGGAGGCAGCGUUUCUACAACCGCAAAUCUCAAAGUGACAGCACCGGAUUCAAAAGAAAAAGCACCGCAUUUAAAUCCGAUGAAAGAUGUGACAGUUCAAGAGGGUAGUCCAGCACAAUUUAGAACAAAAGUAACGGGAGUACCUCAACCGACGAUACAAUGGUUACGUGAGGGUAUGCUAAUACCCCAAACAGCCGAUUUUCAAAUGAUACAAGAAGGAAACAACGUUGUUUUACUUAUAGCAACGACAUACGAAGAAGACACAGGUAUAUUUACAUGUCGAGCAACAAAUUCAGCAGGACAAAGCGAAGUGUCUGCUCGUCUCACCGUCAAAAGUAAGAAUUAA